AUGCCUGCUGCACCUGAGCCGUACAUCCCAGAAGCUUCGCAAGCACCCGAACGAGGCGCGCGGGUCCCGCCGCUUGUCGACCCGCCCUCACGCGAGUCGGCCACCUCCACCUCGUCCGGGGACACCCACGGCUCGACCGUAGGAGGCGACGAUGGGCGCAGCGCUGUAGCCACACUACAUGAGGCAGAAGAGGAGGCUGCCGGCGGACCCGGCGGAAGGGACAAGGACCUCGAGAAGGGCGCGACGAAACGGGAUAGCAGAGGGUCGUUGUCUGACGGAGGGGUUAUCGUGGUUGGCUGGAAGGGCGACGAUGACCCAGAGUGUCCGCUGAACUGGCCAAAGUCGCGGAGGAUGCUCGCGACGAUCUGUGUCGCCGGCUUUACUCUCCUUGCACCUCUCUCCUCCUCAGCAAUGGCUCCUGCGGCGCUGCAGGUCGCUCAGAAGCUGCACAUCACGAACGAGGUGGAGAUCCAGAUGUCUACCUCGAUCUUCGUCCUCGCCUUCGCCAUCUCCCCCCUCGUCUUCGGACCCGCCUCCGAGCUCUUCGGCCGCAUCCGCGUCCUCCAGCUCGCCAACGUUCUCUACCUGAUCUUCAACCUCGUGUGCGCAUUCGCAACGACCAAAUCGCAAUUCAUCGCCUUCCGAUGUUUCGCCGGCUUCGGAGGAGGAGCACCGUUGGCCAUUGGUGCCGGCGUCUUGUCGGAUCUUUGGAGGCCGGAGGAGCGAGGGAAGGGCGCAGCGCUUUACAGUCUGGGACCGCUGCUGGGACCAGCGCUGGGACCCGUCAUUGGCGGAUGGAUCGUCCAGUGCUUGCCAUACGAUGGGUACAAGUGGAUCUUCUGGUCGACCACCAUCUUCUCCGGCCUCAUCCAGCUUCUCGGCCUCAUCGGGCUAAGGGAAACCUACAGCCCGAUCCUCCUGCGAAAGAAGGCCGCCGCGCUCAAGAAAUCGAUGGGACUGCCGCGCGACUCCGACCGCGUGCAAACGAGCUACGAAGCCAAGGCCGGCGGGCGGCGGAAGACCCCUCGCGAAGUCGUCCUUCACGGGAUGUUGCGCCCGUUCGCCCUUCUCGCCUACGAGCCGAUCCUCCAGCUCUUCGCCCUCUACCUCGCCGUCAUCUAUGGAUGCAUCUAUCUCCUCCUCACGACUAUGUCGCAGCUGUACGAAGGGACGUACGGCCAGUCGACGGGAAUCGCCUCGCUGCACUACAUCGCCCUCGCUCUCGGCUUCAUGAUCGCUUCGCAAGGCGGUGCACGGUUGCUAGACGUUAUUUAUCGGCGAUUGAAGGCGCGUGAACACGGGCCAGGUCGUCCCGAGUUCCGUCUUCCCCUUGUCGUCCCGGCGAGUAUUUCGCUUCCCUUCGGGUUGCUCCUGUACGGCUGGUCCGCCGAGCAUCGCCUGCACUGGAUCGUACCAGGCGAGUCAUACAUCGGCCUCGUAUUUAUCGGACUCGGCAUGAUCCUCGUAUUCCAAGCAUCGACGUCGUACCUCAUAGACACAUUCACCCUGCAUGCCGCAUCCGCCCUCGCCGCAUCUGUGUGCUUGCGAAGUAUAUGUGGCUUCGCCUUCCCGCUCUUCGCGCCUUACAUGUUUAACGGCAUCGGCUACGGCUGGGGCUGCACAAUCCUCGCUAUCGUAACCAUCAUUGUGGGAUGUCCUGCUGCGCCUCUGUUGUACAUCUUCGGCGAGCGCAUCCGCGGCAUGAGUCGGAAUGCGGCGAAGGGGACGUAG